AUGAACACUAAAAUCUGCCUGAGAAGAUCCAAAUCCACUCGAAUCGUUCGUACGAGGCACAGCAGUUCCUUAGCAACCGAAACCCUUGAUCCAGAUAUCGCUCGAUUGUUCGCAACAGCCGCAGCAUCAAAGGCCAUGUCACGCUCCGCAGACAGGACUUCAACGCUCUCCGAAGGCUCAUAUGACCGCCUAGGUGGGCCUCUCAGGAUGGCAGUUCCGCCCAGAAGAUACAGGCGCGCUGAAUGCUCUCACUCGUCGGGAAAUUCGUCGACUGGUGAUGAGUGCUCCCUGCAAGACCACGACCAGCCCUGGUCUGCGGCUCUGCCAUCUAUAAGUGAGUUCGGUGGUCUUGAGGACAGAAUCGCUUCCCUUCCUUCCUCCUAUCGCCGGCUACGAAAGUCACGAUCUAUGUUUUUGACCAGGCAGCGCUCAUCCUAUGCACCAUACGCCCCGCCGUCCUGCGAGUCGUACUCUCCUAAUGUCGGUGCCCGAGGGGCUACUGCGGAUGCACCGAGGCUUUAUCGAACAUUAAGGCGGUCCAUGUCUUUUCUGAAAGGCGAAUAUCAGCCUCAAAAUACGCUCCGGCAUGCCAAAAGCCACGAUGUGGCUAUUCAGUUAGCGCGCUCGCAAUAUGAGCAGUCUGCCAUGAACAGCCCAGAGUCUCCUCAUUGGGCCCAGUUACCUGUGUCGAAGACCAGGCGAGAGCAUAAACCUUUCCGAAAGACAUUUCGGACUUCUGGCACUUCCGAAAGGACGUCAGUGACCUCAUCGCCCUUGGAUCGAGUCAGGGCUACCGAGUCUCACGGAAGGGCUAGGGCUUUCUCAUCCUCUAUUAAGAAGGGCAUCAAGCGGGUGCUAGGAAUUUCGAGAACCUCUUCCGAGCUUGAAAGAGUACAACUAUCCCCAUUUCAUAGCCACUACUGGUCUCAAUCUCCUUCGACAGCCGCCAGUAACGAAAAUGACGAUCCGCGCAGCAACGAGAUAUCCGAUGUCGACGAGUCUCGGAGAUCGAAAGACCCUGAUCGCGUACCAUCAAUGCGGAGAAUGCAAAGCUCGGCGAGCCUAGCAACAAGUCGUUCUCGAGUGACAAGUUGGGCAGACUCCACUGCAGCGAACACGAUCGCAACACCGAGGCCAGGGGGGCAACAACGCCUAUCUAUCGUCUCCGAGCAAGGGAACAUUCGUCAACCUCAUUCAGAGCCGUUCUCACAAAGUUCGAUCCAGCAGCUUCAUAGCAAUGCCGUCGAUAGCCACCGUUUAUUCUCGGCUUUGAUGAAACGCAUUGGGGGAGCCCAUCCACAGAGUUCGAAUGAAGAGAUUGUCCUCGGCCACGUCAAGGAGCAUCGAGCUAUUCCUACUCAAAGUUCACUCCAUCUCCGUCCCAGCAGACAUACCAUCCGCCAGGUGCCUAGCGACUGUUCAAUAAACUCUCCAAGGUCGUUUGCCACCGCUUAUGUCAAUCCCCCAACUUCCCAUGAACGAUUACUGACUUAUAGCGCUGCCAAUGUUCGCGAAGCUGUCUCCGGCCCUGAGGCACACGACAAUGACGAUGCUAAGCCCAAGGAGAGGCAAAGAGAAGGGACUGAUUCGUCCAGUGUAUAUUCUCGCACAACAAGCGGUAACUCGCCUUUGGCAAAGACUGCUCCCGAUUCACCCGACUCAGAGACGGAGCCAGGUGUUGCGACCAUCUUUGAGUCCGAAAGGACAAUAUAUAGCUCUCCCAAAAGAGCUACCCAGUCUCCAGAUGACCACAUCCCAGCGCAGUCAGGUGUUGACUGGCAAAACUUCAUGGAGGCGCAGAUAGCCAAGAUCGAGAAUGGAAACCAGCCCCGACGUCACUAUCGUGAAGAUGCUCAGAUCCUGGAUGACUGCGAGUUCUCAUUCAACUCCGCCUUUCCAACUCGUAAGGUACGAGUCGAAAGCAGAGGCAUAAGCCAAGUUGGCGAUGACCGUGCCGCGCUUAGUCGGAGAGUGUCGACGAGCAGUAAUUUCUCACGCCCUUUCAGUCGAUCUUCCAGCCUGCGUACAGUUGUGAAAAUACAGAGGCCUCCAGCCAACGCUUCCUCAACUCCUAUAUCCCUUGCGGUGUCUGAUGAUGUUUUCCGGGAUCCUGGUGGGCGAGAAAACUACAUGAAGUCAUCCCAUGCAGGACAAAUCGAGCUUGGAGUUUCACCGAUGCUCCCGAGAUCUGGCAAUAAGCCCCGAAUGCCAGAAUCUCCAACCCCGAAGAGCCACCUCGUUGAAGUUUCUCCAAGGAUAAGCGGCGGAAAGUACGCACAGUACUCGACCAAAUGGUCUCCGGGAUCCCAGGAAGCAAGAACACUCCGCAGGAGACAGUCUACCCGCUUCAACCGCGAGAACCGGAAGGCCACCAACGAGAAUGCGAAGCUUGAACACAACCUGUACGAUCAGCCGUAUGGGCUCCAGUCGCCGAUGUCCAGCAAGCGCAUGGUGGAGAUAUUCUUGAAUAGCCGACGGCGUCAGAUGGGAGCCGACCUGUCUGAUGAUGGAGCUUCGGAGCCAGCCUUUCUAUGA